CGAUCGAGCGGCCGGACCUCGCGCCCCGCGCGCCCCGCGCCGCCGGCUUUUGUUGUCGCCGCCUCCUCGGCCGCCGCCGCCUGCGGACCGCGAGCCGCACGCGCCGGGACCUUGGCUCUGCCCUUCGCGGGCGGGGGCUGUGCGGCCCCGGGCGGGAUCCGAGAGAGGCGCGGGCGGGCGGCCGGGGCGCCCCGGCCCCGCCAUGGAGCUGCGGGCCCGAGGCUGGUGGCUGCUUUGCGCGGCCGCCGCGCUGGCCGCCUGCGCCCGCGGGGACCCAGCCAGCAAGAGCCGGAGCUGCAGCGAAGUCCGCCAGAUCUACGGAGCCAAGGGCUUCAGCCUGAGCGACGUGCCCCAGGCGGAGAUCUCGGGAGAGCACCUGCGGAUCUGCCCCCAGGGCUACACGUGCUGUACCAGCGAGAUGGAGGAGAAGCUGGCCAACCGCAGCCGGGCCGAGCUGGAGACCGCCCUCCUGGACAGCGGCCGCGCCCUGCAGACCACACUCGCCACCCAGCUGCAGAGCUUUGAUGAUCACUUCCAGCACCUGCUGAACGAGUCGGAGCGGGCGCUGCAGGACGCCUUCCCCAGCGCCUUCGGCGAGCUGUACACGCAGAGCGCCAAGGCCUUCCGGGACCUGUACGCGGAGCUGCGCCUCUACUACCGCGGCGCCAACCUGCACCUGGAGGAGACGCUGGCCGAGUUCUGGGCCCGCCUGCUGGAGCGCCUCUUCCGGCAGCUGCACCCGCAGCUGCUGCUCCCGGACGACUACCUGGAUUGCCUGGGCAAGCAGGCCGACGCGCUGCGGCCCUUCGGGGAGGCCCCGCGUGAGCUGCGCAUGCGCGCCACCCGCGCCUUCGUGGCAGCGCGUGCCUUCGUGCAGGGCCUGGGCGUGGCUGGUGACGUGGUCCGGAAGGUGGCCCAGGUGCCCCUGGGCCCGGAGUGCACGAGGGCCGUCAUGAAGCUGGCGUACUGCGCACACUGCCUGGGGGUCCCUGGCGCCCGGCCCUGCCCUGACUACUGCCGCAACGUGCUCAAGGGUUGCCUGGCCAACCAGGCCGACCUAGACGCCGAGUGGAGGAACCUUCUGGACUCCAUGGUGCUCAUCACCGACAAGUUCUGGGGCCCUUCGGGAGCAGAAAGCGUCAUCGGCAACGUGCAUUUGUGGCUGGCAGAAGCCAUCAACGCCCUCCAGGACAACAAGGAUGUACUCACAGCCAAGGUCAUCCAGGGCUGUGGGAACCCCAAGGUGAACCCCCAGGGCUCCGGGCCUGAAGAGAAGCGGCACCAGGGCAAGUUGGUGUUACAGGAGAAGUCUCCCACGGGCACACUGGAGAAGCUGGUCUCGGAGGCCAAGGUGCAGCUCCGAGAUGCCCAGGACUUCUGGAUCAGCCUUCCCAGCAUGCUGUGCAGCGAGAAGGUGGCCAUGAGCAGCGCCAGCGAUGACCGCUGCUGGAACGGCAUGGCCAAAGGCAGGUACCUCCCGGAGGUGAUGGGUGAUGGCCUGGCCAAUCAGAUCAACAACCCCGAGGUGGAGGUGGACAUCACCAAGCCCGACAUGACCGUCCGCCAACAGAUCAUGCAGCUGAAGGUCAUGACCAACCGGCUCCGCGGCGCCUACAGCGGCAAUGAUGUGGACUUCCAGGACGCCAGUGAUGACAGCAGUGGCUCGGGCAGUGGUGACAGCUGUCCAGACGACCUCUGUGACCGGAGGGUCAGCAAGAAGAACCCCAGCUCACGGACGACCCUGAGCCACGCCCUCCCCGGCCUGUCGGAGCGGGAGGGCCAGAAGACCUCGGCGGCGAGCUGUCCCCAGCCCUGCGCGUCCCUGCUGCUGCUUCUCCUCCCCCUGGUCUUCUCAGCCCCCAGGCCCACGUGGCGGUAACUGCCCCAGGCCCCAGGGGCCAAGGCCAGGAACUGACUUUGCCGAAACGCAAAACAGACGAUAUUUAAUUCUCCUUGGCCUAGAGGCCCCAGGGCAGCGCAGGGAGGGACGGUGAGGGACCCCGGCGCUGUGACUGCACCGGGGUAGGGCAAGGG